GCAAGGCCUAGUGACAACACGUGUCAUCAUAAAAAGUGUCCGAAGCAGUCCCCGACCGCCAUGGUGAAAAAUCGAGUUGAGCUGUGCACCGAAAGUGAGAGCCUCGCGUGCGACAAAUUGCAUAACUGUCACGCAUGCCACACAGAUCAGAAUUGUGCGUUCAAGAAGAACAACGGAUGCAUCAAUCUCAUCUCGAUUGAGGGCAACAAGACGGCCCGGGCCGUGAGCGAGCAUUUCAGAGCGGAAUGCGAGAAACACUGCUCUGAAAAAACCGACUGUAAGAACUGCACCGCAAACUCGGGGUGUAUGUGGUGCGCGAAUCUCGGCAGGUGUCUCGAAACAAACGCAUAUGCGGCAAUGUUUCCGGUCGGUCAGUGCACCGAAUGGUCAACCAGCAAAUGUGAUAAGGUCUGCUGUUCCCGCAUACGCUCGUGCAGCGAAUGUCUCCGACAUGAAAGAUGCGGAUGGUGCGACGAUGGACGCGGCAAGUGCAUGAAGAGGGCCGCCACGGGUCCCGUGCUGACCGAAAAUCAAAAUUUUCAAUGGUUUUCGAAGAAUACGACUCCGACGAGCGUCCACUUCAUGGUGAAGCGGACCUGUUCUUGA